AUGCAUCUUCCAUCUCUGCUAGCUACGGCUCUUCUUGCUGCUGUGCCAGGCUUAUGUGCACCUACUCAUGAUUGUGGUUGCAAGAGUCCUCUUGUACGUAAAGAAUGGAGAACUUUGAGCAGCAAAGAGAAACAUGAGUAUAUCAAUUCGGUCAAGUGCCUGGCAUCAAAGCCCUCGCAGACGGGAAAUAUAUACGCUGGUGCCAAGUCUCGCUUUGACGACUUUCAAGUCAGUCAUAUCGUGAAUACCGACUUUAUCCACUAUGUCCUAAUUCGACCUGCAGGGAUUCUUUCAAGCGUCAGUGCUACGCGCAUCAUACCAGUGUAUCAGCGGCUAAUGAAGAAAACAGCUGGCAUCGAAUGUUCAUUGCCCAAUAUGAGAAGGAUCUUCGAAAUCUUUGUUGCUACAAUGGAGCUCAACCUUAUUGGGUCUGUAGAGGACUUCGAAAACUCUCCCAUCUUCGACGCAGAGACAGGCUUCGGAGGCAACGGUGUUUUCAUCAACAUCAGCAGCUGGACAAACGUGACUAGACAAGUCUCUGGGAGAACAGGAGGAGGCUGUGUUAUCGACGGUCCCUUUGCCAAGGGGGAUUUCGAAGUUCAUGCAGGUCCAGAUAACUCUACCGAUUACAAUCCACGUUGUCUGUCCCGCGACAUCGCUCCAGAGUAUGGCAUCUCGAAGCUCAACCAAACCAUCGUUGACUGGACUCUUGAAGCCAAAGACUUCUUCGAGUUCGACCAGCGCGUCCAGGGUGGCGCUAGUGCGGAGUCCCAAGGUUAUCAUGGCGGCGGCCAUCUCGCUAUUGGCGGUAGUCUCGGCGAGAUGGGCGACAUGUACUCUUCACCAGGCGAUCCUAUCUUCUGGCUGCAUCACACCAAUGUUGAUCGACUCUGGGAUAGAUGGCAGCGACUGGAUUGGCCUGCUCGGAAGAGCGAUAUUAGCGGGCCCGAUACACAAUAUGCGUAUCCUUACAACUUCUUUGGGGAUAAGGAGUAUAAGAACAUUACGCUUGCUUAUGUGAUGGGCUUUGGGAAUUUGCUUCCUGGAAGGCGAUAUGUCACUGUUGAGGAGGCUAUGGAUACACAAGGGGAGCGAUUGUGUUACACAUAUGAGUAA